CAUGCGGUUUUCAAAGUUGGUACCUUCUGCCGGCCGGACAAGCAAUCUCUGUGGGUAUAAAAGCGAAGCCACACCUCGCACUUUCUUCAAAACAACUCCGGCGCUAGAGUUAGCAGUUCGCCUCAAAGCGCCCCCACUGCAAACCUCAAGGCAAGCACGCGCAAGAACCACUCGCCCUAAGCGCUCCAAUACCAAUUCCCUACUCACCCCUUUCCUCCCACUCCUCCUUCAAGCGGCUUUCAGGUCCCUUCUUCCACUGACGCCCCAAUCACUGCCAGUUUGCUCAGACCCUACAAACAGUGCGAAGCAACCAAGCCAACGCAGGCCUUUCACUCUGACCACUUUUGCGGCGACCAUGGCCGCUCGAUUCAGUAGCCCCCGGGCAGCGACCCUUCUCCUGGUCGCCGCGCUCUGCCUGGGCAGCGCCGCCGCUUUUGCGCCGCUGUUCAGCACGGGAAACCCGGACGGCAGGAUCGCAGUCGCGACGCGCCCGGAUGGAGUGAAUGGCAAGUUUGAGAUCGAGGCCGGGGACGACUUUCUGGCCAAGGCGGGGCAGAGCGUCUCUAAGGUGACUUUCACCGGGCUUCUCCCCUCGGGCUUUUCCCUCGCCUCCGCCCAGGACUCUGUCGUCCAGCUGGAGCUGUACCGGGUGUUCUCCCGCGACAGUGACGUCAGCCGCUGCCAGGACGCCGACCCUCACACAGUCUGCCCCACGGAGAACGUCGUCACCCGGGCCAAUUCCCCGAGCGACGAGGCGGCCCCCGAGUUCGACCGGUCAACCGAGGACGGGACGCUCUUCUGCGAGGUGUUUGGGGCGAACCCGAGCGAUAACUUCAACUUCCUGGAUAACUCGGUGGUCGACUUCUAUUCCGCCAACUCCGUUCUUCCGGGCGGCAUCCACAAGAAGACGGAACUGCCCACCGGCGGAAACGGCGGCGUGACGGGCCCUGUCGUCACAUUCGUGUGCGACUUCGCAGCGAACCACCCCUGGACCUUCUCCGCUGACGAGCACUUCUUCUUCGUGCCCAAGAUCGCCCUUCCCCUGGGCACGGACAACGCGGACCGCGGCGAUUUCCUGUGGCUGUCCGCACCCAAGCCGCUUACGAACGGCUUCGCCUUCUCCCCCGACCUCCAGUCGUGGACCCGGGACUUCACCAUCGACCCCGACUGGGUGCGCAUCGGCACUGACGUCGUCGGGGGAUCCCCCGCGCCGACAUUCAACCAGGUCUUCGCGCUGUACCCGACCGGAACCCCCGGGCCCAAGUUCUUGGCGCAGGGCGACUUCUGCGCGGCCGGUAACCCGUGCUUCAACGCCGUCGGCACGCGCCAGGUGUGCUGCCCCGGGAGCUGCGCCCCGGGCACUCCUCCCGCGGGGAUCCCCACGUGCGAGGGUGGAGCCAGCCCUGUGUUCCCGUAGAGACUGACCGAAAGAACCAUCUUCAGUGCAGAGUACUAAGAGCGAAGAGUGAGGAAGAGUUGACUUCAAGGAUGCAGCCUUUGCCAGAAGUGUAAUGGAAUAUGAUAUGCCUACUUUGAGAGAGUUCUAUGAUACCGUAGAGCGCUAACAGUUUCGAAUGAAGAGAACCAUUGCAUACGACUUGCUUGAGAUUGACGUCCUCCGCCACGUUUUGUUUGAGAGAGCUUUUAUGUAAUCGGUACUGGUUAGAACAUUUCAAUAUCUGGACGUUUUGUGUGACAGCUCAAUAGAUAUCAACCCAACAUGUAAUAAGAACCGCAAAAGAUGUUCCAUAGUACCGGCCCGGGUAUAUGUAAAAAGGUUCGAAUCAUG